CUGGCAUCCUCCCCAUAGCCCCAAACGGCUGCCACAUGCGCAUAUUACCCCAGGAAUAAAGCGAUAAUCUCCUCCAAGAUGGCGAUGCGACGGUCGGUCGGUGCUGCGAUCCUCUUCUCAGUGCACCUCAUCUCGACAUUUGCUGUAAUACUCAGAACCACAAGCAGCAGCCUGUGGGCUAAUGAGUAUGAAUCAACUGAGCUCUCCUGUCUGAUCGAGUCCAUCUCCACUAACAAUCCCAGAAUUGAAUGGAAGAAAAUUACAAAUGGAAAACCCAGCUAUGUUUACUUUGAGAAACACAUUUCGAGGGAUUUGGAGAACAGAGCAUACCUCAAAGAACCUGCAACUCUAGUGAUCACCAAUGUUACCCGCUCGGACACUGCCCAGUACCGCUGUGAGGUCACAGCCCACUUGGACCAGAGGACCUUUGAUGAAGUUUUGAUUGACCUGGUUGUUAGAGUGCGACCAGUAGGACCCAGGUGUGGGGUGCCCCGGGCGGUGCCUGUGGGUCGGCCAGCGGAUCUACGCUGCUCGGAGGGCGAGGGGUUCCCGAAGUCGCGGUACCACUGGUUUCGAAACCGAGAGGAAAUUCCCCUGGACCCCAGGAGCAACCCGCGGUUCUUCAACUCCUCGUACACGCUGAACAGGGAGACCGGCAAGUUGUCAUUCAGGGUGGUGUGGAAGGAGGAUUCGGGGGAGUAUCACUGUGUGGCGAAGAAUGAAGCUGGGCACGCAGAGUGUGCUGCACAGACCAUGGAAGUGUAUGAAGUCAGCUUGGUGGGGAAGGUUCUGGGUGCGCUGCUGCUGGUUGGUGCCCUGCUGGUCGUCACCCUGGGCUUCUGUUACGCCUAUAAGGGAGGUUAUUUUGUCCAGAGGAGUGAGGCCAGAGACAACUACAAAGCUUCUGAGAGCAAAGACCCGGUGGAUUGCAUCACACCGGAAGAUGAGGCCGGUUUCCGACACAAAUCCUCGUUCAUCAUCUGAGGAGGACGAGGGUCAAGCAGGCUUGCGAAGGUGGUGUGGGUGGAGCCUGUAGACCUGCAGCCCGGUGGCCAGGCUCUAUGGCAGCAGCAGAGUGCCAAAAAGGUGACCUAACCCACAGCAAAUUCCACGAUUUGUUUUCUUCCCGUGUUACGACUGUGUGAACUAAUCAUUUUUACAGAUCAGCCGUUUUAUAUAUCAAUAACAUGUCUUCCACAAAGUUCUUUUAUCUGGUUUGUACAGCUGACAGUGAUUAUGCUGUUCCUUUUUAUUCUUCGGCUAAGCAGAGCUGAAGCUUGUAUCCAAAGCAAUGAUUUUAUUCAUUUAUAUACCUAUAUAUAUAUAUAUAUAUAUAUAUACUGGGCAAAUUCAGGAUGCUCUGCCCCCAAGACUCUAAGACCAUAUUCUUAAACUCCGGGUCCGUGGUGCCUGUUAAUUUUCCAACAAUCUUGUCUGACUCUUUUGAUGGUAUUUUUUAUAAAACCAGAUUUAAGCUUAUAUUUUAUAUUUAUAAAACUUUACCCAAUGAACAACUGAGCAGGUGUACUACGGGACAUUCUUCAUACUCUGUAUACGUUAAUCGGUUAAUAGAUUUCGUUAUCACUUCGUCAGUAGUUAUCUUUUAGAUAACAUCAGCACUCUGUAGCCAAUACAUUGACUGUUUUUUAGUCAUUGGCUACACUGUUUCAAGAGAAAUGUCUAUUUUUAAAUGCAUGUAAAUUGUCUGUUUUACUUGACUGCAGAAUCUUAAUUACCUUUGGCUUCAAAUAGAGUGUCCACUUUUAGAUACAAGCUCAUCUUGUAAGCAGUGUAGAAGCAGACAGGAUGCUAGUCAGACUGUAAUGUUUAUCUUUGUAUUCCAUCACUGCAAUGGAUUCCUUGCAAUUUAGCAAUGUAAUAAGUUGCAUACGUGUCACCAUCAUUAUUAUCAUGCAUAGGCUCAUAAUGCUUGAUAACCUUCUGAUCUCGGCACAUCCGCUGUAAUUUAUCACUGCUUCAAGCCAUAAUCAAACACCUACUGAUCUGCAUACUUAUUACAGGUUUCAGUGUUACAACAGUCGUUUAAUUUUAGGAGCCAAAACUUGCUUUGUUCAUUGCUGAUCAUGUAUAACUUCUCCAACACACUGUUGUAUUCAGUCCUUAACAGUGAAUGUCCUGCCAGUGGUCAGACCAUCUCAGUGUCACCCCCCUUGUGGGUGAAACUGUGCGUACAUAUUUUAUAAUGAAAGCUUCUCACGGUGUCAGUGUUUGCUAGCUUUAAGCUCCUAAAUGCCUCUCAUCCUUCACAAUUUCCAAAACAACUUCAAAGAGAACAGCCCUUAAUUCCAGAAAUCAUUCCAAAUGGAAUCUUAUUUCCAGUGCAGAAAAUUUUCUGAAAUUCUGGUCCUUGAAAAUAAGAGGUUUUCUGAGCAAACCAAAUACCAUAUUACUGCCCAUGCCAGUAAAUCUGGCCCAGAGUAGUGAAUUUCGUACCAGACAGAAUGUGCUAAAAUCAAGUUGCACAACCCAGUAAAUACAGGACAAAUUUACUGCCGGUGCUUUAAUUGUGGCAUUCAAGGUUUCAGCAAACAAUCUCUGCAGCAUUACAACUCUUUUUUCAUUGGAAAAUGUAUGUUGAUGAUUUGAUCUAUGCACCUGUAACAGGUGAGCUAGCUUUUAGCCUUUAUAACUGGUCGCUAUGUUUUGGAUUCAUGGAAAAUAAACACACUACCGGACUGAGUGUUACAAGAAGAGUUUGAAGGAAAAAAGCAAUCACAUGCACCCAGGCUAGAGACUGUUAUAAAGAGUGCAAAUGCCCUUGAAGGGAUGCCAUCACACGGUCUGUCCAGGGGAGGGAAACAGGCCUGCAUCCCUAAAUGGGAUCUCUGUCCUCCAGACUCAGCACAAAGUCAAACUCUUCUGAAAAAGCAGAAAAACAAAACAGGAAUCAGAAACACCAGCAGCAGUACAUGCUACAGCCACGUCGAAUAGUCAUGCCAGCGUGCAGCAGGUGUUAGGAUCCGGUGCAGUGAAUGCAGUUUGUAUUUUGACCAUGUUGACUCUUCGCUGAUUAAACACUGUGGGCAGUCAACUGUCGAAA